AACCCAUAAUGAAAAGAUUCUGAAAAUUUUAAGCAAUUAAAUGGAAAUUUGCAAACAAGUUUACGAAGGGUAGACGGGCAGGGAUCUAAUACCAUCGCCGGGUUGGGCUUGAGGGGCUUCCUUUUUAAGGCACAUCGCAAACCCAAAGAUCUUCAGUUGAGCUCCAACAGCAACGACAACAUAACCUGCAAAAUUAGUGAACGUGAAGUUGGUAGCGAAUUUUAAAAAUGAAUAACAGUGAAGUUGCCGCCAUCGCCGAAGCCGUUUUCGAUGAGGAAGAAGUUCUGAUAUCAGGCGAUACGACUAUGGAAAAUGCUGACGAGAUAAUGGAUGUAUCAAAACUGAAGGUGUCCGAACUGCGGAAGGAGUUGAAGGCACGUAAUUUGUCGACGACCGGCAACAAACAGGAACUAAUGGAGAGGUUGCAGACAGUGAUGAAGACAAGCAGCAAGUCAGAGUUGGAGGCGGAAGAUUUGGACGAGGCAUUGCUCAACGAAGAUGACGACGAGCAUAUCGAGGAAAACGAUUCGGUGCUGAGCGAGUUGGAUUCUCAGCUCGACGUUUCAACGUCGUCCAUCAAGCUGAAGAGAAAAUCCACGGAGCUGGAGCAGUCACCGAAGCAGCCGAAGAAGAUCGUGCUGAAUAGGAGUUCCUCCAAUUGCGAGGAGAAACCAGAACCAGAAGGCGUUGUAUCAUCUCCUAGCGCCGAGAAGGAGGACGGCGAUAAGGGAGAGGAAAAGAAGAUUAUUAAAUUAUCGCAGCUGACGGCCAAGGAACGUCUUGAGAUGAGGGCCAAAAAGUUUGGAGUUCCAUUACCAGCGGACGCGCAGAAAUUGGCUAGAGCUGAGCGAUUCGGAGCGGGCAACAACACAAUUAGUAGCAGCACCAAUGGCAGUAGCAAGAACAACAGGAUAUCUGCUUCACCCGCGGCCAACGUUGAUGUACUGAAACAGCGCGCUGAACGUUUUGGUGUGUCCGUUUCGACGGCUUUGACCAAGUUGGAGAACGAGGAGAAGCUGCAGAAGAGGAAGGCACGUUUCGCUACUUCUUCCGUAUCGACGACGACGGCUGAACCGACGGCGAGUGCUGAGCCAACACCAAGCAACGACCAAGACGCAAAAGCCCUCCAGAGAUUGCAGAGGUUCAGUCAGACUCCAGCCUAAAGUAUGUAACUUGUACAUAACUUAUUAUUUUCAUUGUUCAUUUUCGGACUCGUCUAUUCUUCAACCAUACAUUUCAAGGAAUUUUCUAGUUAUUUUUACUUAUAACUAAGCGCAAUGUUUAUGUUCUUUAUUUUUUUCUCUUUUUAGUUUAAUCUUUUUUUAUAUAUUUAAAUUUUUAACGAGAGCUAGUUUAAGAAUUGAAUAAAGUAAUCACCUCUUAAAA